AUGAAUAAUCUAGAGCGUGAUUGGAUGUACGAUAGGUUGGAUGAUAUGCUGCACAACUUUUUGUUACUAAAAGUCCCUUUUUUGGAUGAUAUGCCAGUUGGGUUGGGAAAGAUUGCAAAGCUGAUAAAUGCCGGGAAGAUUGAUUCAUCAGAAUUGAUAACAAUGAAAACUCUAAAGGUAAUUGUAGCUUAUGGUGUAACGUUUUUAUCCUCCAACCAAUUGGUGGGAGAGGUGCCAACUUCAUUUUCUGAACUCGUAAAUUUAACAGAUUUUAGGAUAAAUGAUAACAAUUUCAGUGGACAGAUUCCAGAUUUCAUACAGAACUGGAAACAACUUACCAAACUGGAGAUGCAUGCCACUGGACUAGAGGGUCCCAUUCCAUCAAACAUAUCUCUUCUGAAUAAGUUAACAGAUUUGAGGAUCAGUGACAUAGGUGGACCAGCUCAGACAUUUCCUUCACUGAGUGAUAUCGCGGGCAUUCAAACAUUUGAUCUUUCCUACAAUAAUUUUACCUGGCAAGGACCUGACCAAAAUGCUUGUCAGCAAAACAUGAAUCUGUAUUUGAACUUGUACAAGAGCUCUGCAGCAGUAAGCCCCUUAAAGAGAAUUCUUCCAUGUACGAAGGAUUUCACUUGUCCUCGGUAUGGGUGUUCGUUGCAUGUUAAUAGUGGUGGAAAUGAUUUUACUGUAAAGGAGAGCGAUAGAGAAGUUGAUUAUGAAGGAGAUGCAGGAGUUGAUGGUGGUUCUGCUAGAUAUUUCAGUACUUACACCAAUUAUUGGGGAUUAAGUAGCACUGGGGACUUUAUGGAUAAUAAUAAUGAUCAAAAUGCACGUUUUAUUGAAAGUACACCAUCAAAAGGCCUCUCUGAAUUGUACAAUAAUGCACGGAUGUCUCCCCUCUCACUCUCUUACAUUCGUUAUUGCUUGGAAAAUGGGAGUUACAAUGUCAUCUUGCACUUUGCUGAGAUAUCUUUUACAAAUGAUAGAACCUAUACCAGUCUUGGAAGGAGUGUGUUUGAUAUAUACAUCCAGGUUGAGAAAUUAGUUUGGAAAGACUUUAAUAUUGUGAAUGAGGUUGAUGGAGUUCAAAGGCCCGUGGUUAGGCAUUUUAACACCAGUGUCACAGAUAAUACUUUGGAGAUCCGAUUUUACUGGGCUGGCAAAGGAACUACCAGAAUUCCAUCUAGAGGGCAUUACGGUCCGCUAAUAUCUGCUAUUUCACUCAAACCAACUUUUGGAUCUUGUUCAGAGGAAGAUAAGAAGAGUGUUACUGCUUAUAUUAUUGUUGGAGUAGUGGCCGCAUGCAUUUUCUUGUUGGUAAUGAAUUUAGAGAGCAUGGAGCCGCAGACCGUUUCUUAUACUUUAAAGCAAAUAAAGGCUGCCACUAAUAACUUCGAUGCUUCUAACAAGAUAGGGGAAGGUGGUUUGUUUUCAAGGUAUUAUGGCCGGCUAUCUGAUGGUACUUCGGUUGCAGUGAAGCAGCUCUCGCAUUCAUCAAGACAGGGAAAUCGUGAAUUUUUAAAUGAGAUUGGCAUGAUUUCUUGUUUGCAGCACCCGAAUCUUGUUAAUCUGCAUGGCUGUUGCAUUAAAGGGACUGAAUUACUGCUCGUAUAUGAAUACUUGGAAAAUAAUAGCCUUUCUCGCGCAUUAUUUAAUUCAGAGAAAAGUCAAUUGAUACUUGAUUGGCCGACAAGGGUCAAGAUUUGUGUUGGGAUUGCUAAAGGUCUGGCUUACCUUCAUGAGGAAUCAAGCCUUAGAAUUGUACACAGAGACAUUAAAGCUACUAAUGUACUGCUAGAUAGAGAUCUAAAUCCCAAAAUUUCGGACUUCGGGCUAGCUAGACUUACUGGAGAUGAUAAUACCCAUAUUAGCACUCGAGUUGUUGGAACAAUAGGAUACAUGGCACCCGAGUAUGCGCUAUGGGGUUAUUUGACCUACAAAGCAGAUGUCUACAGCUUCGGAAUUGAGAAGGCACGCGGAGUGAUUUCUUCACCAUCACAUCAUCCAAAUACUCCUAUCGACAAACCAUCAGUUGUGACACCCAGAGUGCCUCCUCCUCCUACUGCUAACGUUGACGAUGUUGAUCCUUUAGUUUCUGAUGAUGAUCGUAGUCCUUCACCCAUGCAUUAGUUUUUUAUGUUAUCUGCUUUUUGCUGGAAAGAACAAAAUUAUGCACUAACAAUACUUGAUGGAUCUGUGGGUUCUUUUGGUAGUUGAUAGCUUGGUGUUGUCGGUGUUUUGGACUUAACGAUUAGGAUUCCGCUAUCUAUUUUGAAUCUUUUUUAUAAAUAUUAUUUUAUGUGAAUGUCAGU